GUUCGCUCGGCAAACAACAAACUCAGAACAGCUCCCCAGCCCUCAGUCCGAUCGUGUGUGCGCGCGCGCAAGUCGUGAAAAAUCGUGCAAACCAAUACCUUCAUCAUCAUCACAAGCGCCUAUGAAACCUUUGAGCGGAAAGAGUUUCCGAAAAAUAAUUGCGUGAUUCGCGGAAAACACUAUGAAAGGGUAUUCGUGAGCUGUUUCUCGUGAUUACGGUGAAAAACAAAACAAAAAGUUUUCAGGUGUGCAGAUGAAGACAAUCAGACUUCUGAUUCGGAAUGUGUAAAACUCGAACGGAGAUUUGUUAUGUUAAAAAACCUUAAAAGUUAGAAUUUUGACGGAAGCUCAUCGAUUGACAGUUUAUUUACUAACGAAACCAGAACAACAAAAACAACAAUAAACAAGUGUCCCUGAGAGAGGGAGUUUUGUGAGUGGAGAGAAAACGAUCGAUCUCAACUCAACUGUGUGCGGGCGGGGUGGGAAGAUCGUGGAAAUCCACGCCUGCUGAGAGAGCCUCAGAGCAUAAGCUCAACAGCAACAGGUUUAUGUUUGGUAGAUCGAGCAUAAAUUCCACCGGCUCAGCCGGAAAGCUGCGGGGGGAUUCCACCGCAAACGCAAGAAAUGCGUCGUCGUCGUCGUCAAAUUCUUCGGUUCCGCCGGGCUUCACAGCGGCAGAUUGUGGGGUCCGGAGGGGGUUGAUGGGCACCGUAAACAAUCAUCGGAGUACUGGUAGUUGUGGAGAAGCCCAAAGCUCCCUGGCGAAUUCCUCCAGCAGCAGUGUUGAUGGUAUUGGUAGAAACCAGAUCGUCGUGGCCGUGACUGGUCGUUCUGUUGGUGGAGCCGAUUCCGAUAGAUCGUCAUCGUCAGUUGAAACCGGGUCGCGUUCGAAUCGAGACGUUGCGAGUUCUUUCGGAAGCAAUAGAAGCACUCCAUCGGGAGGAAUCGGUAACUCAAUAAUCAAUCAACCUUCGACGACACCAUCAUCAACCGUUGACUACGAUAGUAACGUACUUCGGGUUCGGGCCAGUGUUCUUAGCCAAUUGGCCGGUUUUUUCGAGGACGCAGUCGCCGGUCGUCAAUCUACGAAACUAUCCUCCGUAAGAAGCAGUGCUUCUCGGGUGUCCAGAAGUAGUGCCGAAGAAAAACCACAGGGCGCUCAUCACCAGUACUACCAGGAGCUAACGGCCCAGCAGCAUCCCCGCGAGUACGAGGAUCCGGAGGACGAGGAAGCGGAAAUGGAAGCCGAACGGGAUCUGGCCGAGGACGCCCAGUGGAAGCGGAUACAGCAGAACACCUUCACCCGGUGGGCCAACGAGCACCUGAAGAUCAUCGACCGGAACAUCGCCAACCUGGAGACGGAUCUGUCCGACGGGCUGAAGCUGAUCGCCCUGAUCGAGGUGCUGUCCCAGAAGCGCAUGAACAAGCACAACAAGCGGCCCACCUUCCGCAGCCAGAAGCUGGAGAAUGUUUCCGUCGCGCUCAAGUUCCUGGAGAACGAGGGCAUCAAGAUCGUUAACAUCGAUGUUGAUGGCCCCCGUGCCAAGUAA